CUUGGAUAGAUUUUGAAGUCUAUUUUUAUAAUUGAGUGGUCUCUGUUCGAGAGGAGAGGGUAAUCAUCCAAAAAUCGAUCUGGAACGAGCAGUGGUCUGUGAACUCGAGCUGUGAGAGUGCUGAGACUGUUUGGUUGAUAUCUCGAGUUUUACCAAUCCAAUUAAGGCGUGUGAGAUACCAAAAGAAAGCUCUCAAGACGAGGAAUCCGUGAAGGUCUGGUUUGCAUCAAUCGGAGUAGAGCAAGGCUUCCAAAUCGUCCGAGCAGAACGCGACCUCGCAGGGACGGAUUUACUCUUCUAAGAAUCGAGUUAGCCGGAAAACACCCGUUCUAGGGGCUGUUUUCGUAUCAACGAUUAGGGGUUGAAAUAGCAACUUGAGGAGGCUGUUUAGCACCCAUUUCUAAGCAAGGAAUCAGUUCUCAAGCUUCCUUGGCCGAGGCUUUGGUCAUUGGAUCGAGAAGGAAAGUUUUAAAGCUCAUUUGAGGUUGAGGCUAGAGCUUGCUUCCUGUGCUCGUUGCUCGAGUGAUCAUCUAGGAGGGAAGACUUGGUUCGUGCUUCCUCCAUUCGGUUUUUAAACAUUAAUAAACAUGCUUAUGGAUAUUUUACUAUAGAGCCUGCGUGCUCAUGAAUAGCCCGGUGUGGCCUUUGUUUUAAACAAUGUUUUCCGCUGCGUUAUGAAUUACUUAUUAUGUUUGUUUAUGGAUGUACAUGUGUGAAUGAUAUUCAAGACGCCUUGUAUAAUAUGAAUGUGUUGGACUGCGGUUGACUAUUCAUAUUGUACGGCGGGUUGUUGACGUGUCCGGAUAGGUCCGGGGCGUGACAAUUAAGUUGGUAUCAGAGCCUUAGUCCAUAAACUUCAUAAUGAAGUCUCAAAAUUCUAUUUUCAAAAUGAUUUUUGAAAACCAUGAGCAAAAACGUUUUGUACUUAAGAACUUUUGGUGUUUGAGUUGCAAGGUCUCUAAUUGUUAAGAUGGCGCCCUUAAUGAUUGGUAUGGCGGUGACUUGGCCCAAGAGAUGUCUUAAGUGCCUAUCUGUCAGUUGACAUUUGAAACGAGUCUAAUGACUCAUUCUAAUUAUUUCUUUCAGCGAUGGAGGGUGAUGGUGGUAUUAUGAAUAGGGAGAACUCGGAAGGGCUUGCACCGGGUGGAACCGGGCAUGCCAACCGAGAAAAGCCCUUAGGACCAAAGGUGCAUGAAAUUCUUGAAGCUCAAAUCGUGAGUGGUGGUCAUGUUAAGACCAAGGAAGAAUCAUCUUGUUAUGGCAAAACUGAACCACUCAAGGCUUCGGGUGACGAAGGAGAUGAUUUGAGUGAUGAGGACCUUGAUAAUGCACCCAUUGAACAAAUGGGCACGGUCAUAAAUUGGCUUCAACGUGAAUGUGCUAGGCUUAUACAAAAACGCCAAGCUAGGCAAGCUAAGGACGCACCAUUAGAAAGGAAAAGAAAAUGGGGAGACCACGACCCCCAAGGACAUUCUAGGAGGACAAAUGUUGGGGGUGACAAAACCUUCGGGGCACACACAUUAUCGCUUGGGAGGAGCCGAGGUUCGGGUGGCCAGAGCUCGAGGUCAAAAGGUUCGAGAGUACCUAAGUGCACAAAUUGUAAGAAGCACCACCCGGGUAAGUGUUGGGACCCUCCUAGGUGCUACCGAUGCAGAGAGAUCGGGCACACGAAUGCGAAUUGCCCACAACUUGUACCCGACCAAACUUUGGGCUCAAGUAGUACGACUAUAGGCAUACGGAGUCAAGCCGGGGCCUCUCAAGCAAGUAAGGAACAUGGCGGAGCAAGUGUGAGUAACGCGCCGUCUGUGAAUCAAGGGAGGACUCACGCUAGAGUCCAUGCGAUGGCGGGGGCGGAUGCUCAAGCUAACCCGGAUUCUGUUUCAGGUUGAGGCUAGAGCUUGCUUCCUGUGCUCGUUGCUCGAGUGAUCAUCUAGGAGGGAAGACUUGGUUCGUGCUUCCUCCAUUCGGUUUUUAAACAUUAAUAAACAUGCUUAUGGAUAUUUUACUAUAGAGCCUGCGUGCUCAUGAAUAGCCCGGUGUGGCCUUUGUUUUAAACAAUGUUUUCCGCUGCGUUAUGAAUUACUUAUUAUGUUUGUUUAUGGAUGUACAUGUGUGAAUGAUAUUCAAGACGCCUUGUAUAAUAUGAAUGUGUUGGACUGCGGUUGACUAUUCAUAUUGUACGGCGGGUUGUUGACGUGUCCGGAUAGGUCCGGGGCGUGACAGGCAGGAUGCUGGUUCUUCAGAGGGUUCUUUUGAGCAGUAUGGUCUGUACUCAUUGUAGUCUGCUUUAUACAGCCGGCUAUCCUUGAGUAUUUUAUAAGAGUUCCCCCUCAGCAGGUGGCUAGGAAUUCCCCUUAGUUCUAGAGUUGAGUUCUUCAUUCUUUUGGGGCUCCUUUCUUCACAUGGUCCUCCUCUUUUAGUAGAUCAUGAAAGAAUGGUUGCGAACACAAGCAUCCAUCUCGUUCGUAUGUGGAUACCUGUAUAACUAUCGAAGGCUGUUGAAGUGACGAACCAACCGCCUAUAGCGAAAUAGGCACAAGGAAAGAGCAAUAAGCCGGGAUCCCUUGAGGAGUAGUACGAAUCCAUUUCAG